AUAGAGAGGAACAGAAGCUCGAUUGCACACAUUCUUGCAACAAAGGAACGAGACGAUGCUUCGAUUUCUGAGCGUCUUCUGUUUGGCGGUUUGCCUGCCGGUUUUGGCAUGGACCUUUGUCACAAAAACACCUCCCCUUGAUGGCGCUUCCCGUGCCCACCGAAUUUCAGCGCCGGGGGCAGCGCAAUCCACGCGGUUUUCGCCAUGGGCGAUCAGGGAUCGGUCGACCCAACCACCCUUUGGUCUGGGGAGCUGCCGGCUGUCGGCAAAGGGAGACGAUGCCGACGAGGAGGACGCCGACCUCUUCGACGUCGAUGGCUGGGAACCCGACGAAGAGGACAUUAUGAACGAGGCAGAAGAGAUUGGCGAUCUAGACGACGAGCUGGACCUGGACGACGUAGAGAGCUCCGUCGCGGGUCUGGACGAGGACGAUGAGGACGGCAUCGAUUACGAAGACGAAGACGACAUGAUCGACGAGGAAGAGGAGGAAGAAGACGAGGACAUCGAGGAGGAAGGCGGUGACUACGACGAGGACGAAGAAAACGAGGACGAGGACGAGGACUACGAUGCCGAGGACGACGACAUCGAGUCCUACCUCAAGGGCGACGGUGGCAUGGACGAGAAACCGCCGGAGGGAUACUCCAAGUGGUGGGAAGACUACGGCUUCGAAUCCAGAGAAGACUUCGAAAACAAUGAACUCUUUCCGGGGGGCAUGAAGGGACUGGUUGCGGAUCGGUUCGACACGCCCGACGAGGAUUUCUGGGACGACGAGGCUACCAUGGUUCCCCUCGAAGAAAGCGAGGACGAUCCAGAGUACAACGAGCUGAUGAAGGACGUCGUCGAAAACUCAGCCAAGAGGCAGGCAGCGGCCGAAGCGAGUGCCGACGACUCUGACAAGAACUUCUACGAAGGCGAACUCGAAAACGAGCUGGAGACCAUCGAAGAAUUGUCCGACCUGCUCGACGACAGCAUUCCAAACGAUACCGGCGAAGAGGAGUUCACCAUCGAUGCAUCCGAACUGGACGGCAUGGACAUCGAAGAAGAACUGGAAGGGGUCACAGCCCUGAUCGACGACGAGCCCUACGUCGGUGCCAACCGAACGGACAUUGCGGGCACCGGCAUCACCGACGAGGAAAUGGAGGCUCUCGAUCAGUCCUGGAAAAACAUCAACGACUCGCUCGAAAAAGAGCCAUGGAACAAGGUCGCUGCGACUCAGUUCGAUUUUAACUAUUCCGCUUAUCCAAAGCAAUACCACUACGACAUGCAACAGACGGCGGUCGAAAUCGAAUCCGCCGGAUACGACGUCUUCCCGUGGCUGAAGUACGACAUGGCCUUUAACGUCUCGAACCUCAUCCUGGCCUCCAUCAAGCACAACCCGGAUGCCCCCGUCAUCCUGCAACACUGGUACCCGCAGCUCAUGGUCUGCGAGCGCUAUCAGCACGCACGAGAUGUCGAUUUCGACUUUACCUGGGACGAUGUGAACAAUGCCGACAUGGAAGAGCUGGAGCGGUAUUACUACGGGUUCGGUUACGAGGAGAUUCCCAAGAAGGCUCCCGCCGAAACCGGAAUGAUCGCCUUCGAAGACGCCGACGAACAAGAGGUGAAGAUGGCGGCCAUGGAAAAAUGGAUGCUGGAUGUUUACAACAGCGAAUGGGACAAGAAAGACUUUGACGACGAGGACAUCAAGGAUGAGGACAAUGUCUAUUCCGACAACUUCAAAAUGCCCCAGCACCCCGAUCUGCCGUCGUGGGACGAAGCCCAGGAAGACGUUGCCGGAUGGAAGGACGAAUACGGAGAAGACGACGAGCUCGACGAGGAGGGCAUCGCGUACCGAGACAUGAUGGGAAGAUCCGUAGACUACACCAGUGCCCAGGACGACGACUUCCAAAAGAACUUCCGGGGCCACCUGAUCAUCGCCUGCGGGAACUUCGAGGCCGACCUGGACGACGCCGAGCUGAUCACGACGCGCAUGGAGAAGGAGUUUGGCAACGCCAUCUACACGGAGACCAAGAUCUACCAGCACGCGACCCCGGACGACAACGUCUUUGAGGUGUGGCUGGAGAGCUACGAGAUCGAUCUGCUCCACUCGAAGCGAAGGGCCGCCAUGAACGUCGUCGGGUGGGAAGGCAAGGGAGAGCUCAACGAGGACCGAAUGGACUUUUUAGUAAAGGAGAUCGGCAAGCUCACGAGCGACGACGCCCGAACCAGCUUCCGCUGGACCGAGGAGCACGUCAGUUAGAAAAGAGCACAAUAAAAAGAUGUAGAAGUUGCGCGCAAUGCGCCGGGCUGGAACGUAAAAUGGAUUUUUGACUCGUAGCUCUACUCUUCUGAUACAAUAGUGUAGCUAGUGUGAUUGAGCUAGGUUAUCGAUUGGUAUCAGUGCAACAGAAGGACGACCAGACUGAUAAAGGCGUCUUCAAAAGUCGCUCAUCUAUUACUUUAGCUACAAGAGUAUCGAUUCACUGAACUGGUAGAUCGUUUCGAUACUUUGAUUCUCAUCUGUGUAUAUCCUGAAUGAGGAUGCAAGAGUCAGUGAACCCAGAUUGACACUUUCCAAUAAGACUCGACUAUGAUUUGGAGUGCCGAAGGUGACACCAACAGUUAUUGGGUGACUCGAACUAGAUCGAAGAAAAUUGCUCCGAGAGCUCUUCAAGUUAUCGUUGCUUUGAAUUUGUCAACUUUGAUACAACAAAUACGUUUCUUAUUCAACAGGGGUCUAAAGCUAAUUGCAAUUGCUAGUUUUAUUCUCUAAAUUGUUCUAUGCCUUGCUCCUCAAGAUUUCUUUGAGGUUCAGUAUCAAAUCCUGUUUCCCAAUUUCGUCAUCCCUAGAAUCCCACUCUUCCACAACUCCUUCUGCUCGUUCGGUACCAGUCUCACUGUCUACACUCACAAUCGUGAUUUCCGCCAAGCAUUUUUUUCGUGAAACCUUGCCAACGAUUUUCCGGACCGGGUCAAAGUAAUAUAUCACGUCCUCCUCGUCUUCUUCUUCGUCCUCCGAAGAGGACGCCAUCGACAUUAGUUCGUCAACGGUUUCGGCGGUUUCGUCGACAGAAUCGUCUUCGAUGGAGGACGACGAUCCAGCUUCUGGUGAGAAGUUAGUCUCGUCGUUACUCGCUACUUCGUUGUCCUCUCCGGAUUUGCAAUUGGCAUCUUUGUUAUUUUCUUUGAUAAGUCUCUUUUUCUUCUUCCCCCCCUUUUUUUUCUUUUUAUCAUUCUUCUUUGAAAAUUUUAAAGGUCCUAAGAUUUCUUGUCCCAAACACAAUCCAUUUGACCAUCCCUUGUCCAUGAUAGCUCGAUAAUUCAGUUUAGAUUUCUGAAACAUGCGUCCGCCGUUAAUAGCUUCACCCUCACAGCUUGUGUCGCUUAGAGCAUCCUUUGCACCGUGUUUGUUGAAUUUCUUCGUCUUGUUCUUUUUGCGUCGCGGUCGCACGCUGUAGAGUUCUUCGCAUCUCACCAUUAGUUUGAACAUGCCUAGGUCGGCCAUGGUUUGUGCAAAUGUGUCAAGGCACCGAAAGUAGUAUUGAAGGAUGGACAUUUGAUUGGACUUGAGAAUUUUCUGGAGGGCACCCCCUUCGAUCACAAGUCCUUGGACGUAAUUCCGAGUUGCCACCAUCAUUCCAUACACCCUGAAGCCAUCUCUCACCAGAACCGCAGCUAAUUCAAACUUGCUGUAACCACAAGUUAGCUCCUCUUCUUGUGUCUUCGGAAAGUAUCUGUCAAUAUGUUGCUCACAGGUGCACGUAGAGGCUAUCAUUUCGUUUAUGCUCUUUUGCCCCUUCACGCUCGACUUUUCGGGGCUGAUCUUGCCUUCCUUUACUAGUUCAUUGGUGUGGACGCACGCAUUUGCGAGUUUCUCCAACUCGAAAUAGAGUUCCUCGUCAGCUUCUCUCGCUGUCGCCGUUCCCAGCGGAUCCAGAUAUGGACGAAACGUCGUAAAGAACUCGUCUUUCCAAUACAUAAAAUGCUCGAUC